UCGUUCGUUUAGAUCGACAACGUUCCGUGAAUAUUUUUUUCAGUCGCAACAUUUGUAUAUUUGAAAAUGGUAUCCAUUGUAAGGAAUCUUUUGUGUCUAGUCAUUCUGUCAUUCUUGGUCAGCACGGGCUAUGCCAUUCUGUGCUAUCAAUGCAACUCGAUGUUCAAUAAAGAUUGCGGCCCGAAUUUUGAGGCUAACGGGAUUGAUUUGAUUGACUGCAGUCACGUUACACCUUCUCAUCAGGUCGGCGAAUAUUUUCCUUGGCAAUAUGCCACAGGCUGCAUGAAGAAGACUCUGAAAGUCAUUUACUUUGAAGAUACUGGUCAUCACCACUUCAUUCGCUCCUGUUACUUUGGCAAUGUGGACAACAAGAUAGGAUGCCAAACGAAUAAAAAUUCGUUCGCGCUUGAGGAGUUGGCCUGCGAUGUUUGCACCGAGGAUGGCUGCAAUGGUUCCGCCUCCUUGACUCCCAUAGCCAGUGGAAUAAUCCUUUUCGUCGGUGUAUCCCGUUUGUUGGCUUAAAAAACAUCUUUGGCGGUAUUUUCAUCUUUUUUAUUGUCAUAGAUAAAAACGUACGCACUCCUCCAAAUAUUCUUCAAUUCAAGGAAUCAUUUCUAAAUUAUUGCAUCUUUAAAUCAUAAUGAAUAACAUAAUAAAUACUA